GGAAGAGAUGCUGAAACCAUAAUUAUGGCACACCCUCAAUCAAGAACUGGAGCGAUAUCCCAAUUUGAUGGCAUAAACAGACAGGGCGAAGCCCCAAGAACUCCAACCUCCCCAACAAUAGAACAACUUCUGCGAGGAUCGGAUGGUUCAAGGUGGUCAAUCCGUACUUCACAGACAUUCGGGAGGGAACAUGACAUGGAGGAAGACCAUACCCCAACACCUAGAAAAUCUGUUCUUGCCAAAGUGAAAGAGAAGGCCAAGAAAUGGCGAAGCACUCUCAGCAAGAAGAAGCAUAAUGAGGAUGGCAAUGCUACACCUUCAUGGGGUGUUAGCUUAGAGGAUGAGGAUGAUGAAGAUGAAGAUCCUGAAUAUUUUGGAGCCCCAAUGUAUGAAUCAGAGAUGGCACCUGAAGGUUACAAAGAGACAGCUAGACAACAUCCGAGAGCAAUUCCUGUCAUAUCUGAGAAGCAUGUUAUGACAAGUAGUGUUAACACUGCAAAAUCUGUUAGAACUACUCACAGUCCGAGGUCCGCAUCCAGAACAACGGCACCUAUAACUCCUAAAGCUGCAUCCAAAACAAUCUCCGAAACUGUGGCAGAGAAACUUGCACCAGCAUAUGCCACAGUAACUGAAGCUACAUAUGCCAUUGCUUCUAAGAUUCAAAGUCUUGCCAUUUCGGGCCCAGAACCACAAGCCUCAACUCCAGCUCCGACAGCACCAAAUUCGCCUGCAAAAAAAACUUCAUUGUCACCAAAAUCACCUGGCAAGUCCUCGUUAGCAACACAGCCACAUGAGAAACCCACAAUAGCACCAAUCCUUGCAGGGAAGUCAUGUGACCCACCAACACCAAGUCCUAGAGCAAGGGCAUUAACCCCACAGGCACCAGCCCCAGUUGCGACAAAGCAAGAAGUAACUCGAACAACAUUGGAAAAAGCUGAACCGGUAUCUGCUCCUGCAGCAGUAACGACUACUACAAAUCACGCUAGUGCGAGCGAGCAAAUCUGGGAUAAAGGAGUAUCAGUGAAGGAGUAUAUAAUGCAUAAAUUGGAGCCAGGUGAGGAUGAGAAGGCUCUUUCUCAAGUGAUAUCCCAGGCAAUUAGUCCCAGAAAAGGUCCUGGUGAUACUGGUGUGGUGGAGAAAGUUAGAGAGGCUGUAACAUUUUUGCUUAGGAUUAAUGAGACUUCUCAGGCUCAACAGCAACGUUUAGUUUUUCAUUCGGCUCAGAAUUCAUCAUCAAAUAUUCCCAUUUCAACCAAUGCUCAUGAAGCUGCUGAGGGAGAAACUCAUGGAAGAAUACUUCAAGCCAACUGAAAGAGGAACUCAAUGGGCUAAAUAAAUUCUGUGUAUUAUAAUAAAUAGUUUUCCAUCUUUUAUUAAUAUUUCUGUUUAGUUAUGUUCCAAUUGAUCCUUUACUCCAAUUCUUUUUUUAGUAUAUGAUAAUGUGCAAAUUUCCAAAUUGCUUUCAUGUAUUCCAUUCAAUUGCUAAUCCAAUUAAAAUUGAA